AAAUUUACGGAAGGAUUCUGUUUUUAAGUGUAUCAAAUUUCGAAAUUGUAUUUAUUUCUAUUCGGCGCGCGCCAAAAUUUAUCCGGACAUAAUGUACGCUGCAUCUAUCCUCUCUUUUAAGGAACUUAGAACGCGUUGUUUGAAAUUCCGCAAUAUAUACUAGCAUUCUCAGAAACAUCGUGUCAUAUGAUCUGACAAUUCUACUAACUUUUCAGUCAAUUUCCAUCGAACUUUAUUCCGCUACAGCCUGCAUAUUCAUGCAUAUUCGAGAUGAGAGUCAUUUAACAACAUAUUUAGAAUAAAGUGUCAGCACGAAAAUGUCGUGCCAAAUCAAAGGAAUCGCUAAUUUGGUCGAUUUGCCCAACGUCAAGAAUUCCUUACUCAGAGAUGCUGCCUCCAAACUGGAUUAUGUACCGGAUAAAGAACUGCCUCUUCAAGAUCUUAUUAUCUCCUUAUCACCAGCAGGGGAUGUCCUCGCAAUUGCUUGGAAUAAAAAUAUGGUCAUUCUGACGUCAAAAUGGGAUUCGCAUGAACCUGGAGAUGUGAAAAUGAAAUUUCAUCAUACAUGGAGUGGAGAUGUAACGGAUGAGGAGAAUGAACAGAUAACAUGUCUGGCAUGUCUACCUCUUAUAUCUUUAGGCAAAACCAAUGCUGGUAGCGGUCCUGAUUGGACCUGUAUGGCCGUUGGAUUUUCUAGUGGGUUUAUAAGGUUCUAUACAGAGACUGGUGCGUUGUUGAUUGACGAACAGCUUCACAAUGAAGCAGUUUUGGGAAUCAAAUGUCAAUCACAUUCUCCUUCCCGGCAUGUUGGAGAUUCUGGACUAUCCGAAGAGAUCCAUGUACUGUAUAACAGUGCAGUUUGCAUAAUGCAAGGGUUUCCGCUGUUUUCUACCUUGAGAGCAUGCAGAAACCACUUGGCUAGAGUGCAGGCCAAUUGCAAUGCUAAGCCUCCGGCAGCAAAUCUUUCAUAUAAAAAAUGGGGCUUUAAGAACCAAGGAAUCACAAAUGACAGUGAAGUCAUUGGUACAACAUCCGUAGACACCUUUGACCAUUUGAUGUCUGCGUCUAUUUGUGGUGGCUAUAAUGCUGCGUAUCGCUCUAGUGCACCACAACACAGUCUAGUUAUGGCAACUGGCAAAAGACCAUUUAUUGGUUUUCAUUACGCAUUGGAAGGUGGGGCUGCUCCAGUUUUAUCUGACGUCGCGAUUGCUAUGGCUAGCAAAUUAGCAAGUGCAAUAGGAACUGCUGUUCCAUGGUUUCGUGGAAACAAAAAAACUCCUACAUCGCCAGAAAAGACCAAAGGAGUUAUAAGCGAACCAGCAGAACCAAUGAUCUGCAGAUUUGGUUUGAGCGAUAUUAUGAGAGAAGGGGACUGCAUUGUCGUAAGCCCUAAUAGGGCUCUAUCUAUUGUAUCAGAUGCUAUGGGGAGAGUUACGUUGGUUGAUAACAGACGUGGUGUUGCUGUGAGAAUGUGGAAAGGGUAUAGGAAUGCUCAAUGUGGGUGGAUUGAAGUUAUGGAGGAGAAAAACAAUGGAUCUCGCAAAAGUCGUGGCAGCAGCAGUAGCAGUAGUAGUGGUAAUGUUCACGGUCGGCGAAUUGCCUUAUUUUUGACUAUCUAUGCACCAAAGAAAGGAGUAAUCGAUAUUUGGGGAAUUCAACAAGGACCCAAAAUUGCAACCUUUUCUGCCAGUAAAAAUGGACGGCUGCUAUACACAAAUUACGGUCUUCUGGGUUUAAAUGAUAUGACGAUGUCAUCUGCAAACCGUGCGCAGUAUCCUUGUGUGUUUGUGGACCCUUUGGGAGGUCUGAAAGAAGUGAUUGUUCCAUUUCACUUCGCUCUGAGUAGUAAAAAUGGAAAAAGGGCUCGAGACUUACAUCUGCUCAAAAAAUUGAAAGCAUUUCUAAGGGAGGAAGAGUUUGACAGUGAGAAAUUAAUUAACGAAGUUACUUCUACAUGUAUGGAUUUCAAAACGAACGAAAUUCGCCUGCAGGCUGUAGAAAUGUUGAUGGUCAACAAGCAUAUCACCCCCGAAUCACUACUAGCAGCAUUGGAUGUAUUUGUUGAAAACCUAUCGCAAUAUAAAGACGAUGAGUUUGAACCAGCUGCCAAAUCCCUUUAUCAAACCUCGACGCGGCUCCAAAGAGUUAUUGCGUUUUACAAAUCUGUUUACCUGCAAUUCAAUCAACCUCCUGAGUACAAUACCAUCGCUUCAGAUAGCUUGCCUAGUUGUAAACAGUUAUCUGGAAUUCUUUUAGCAUCUGAAAGAGAGAUACGACGUAUUUUAAAGUUAUCAAAGACGCUGAGUGAAUUCGAAAAGCCAAAAAGUAGAUCACAGACUAAGGUCCUAUUCAAAGAAGAUGGCAGUGCAUUUGUGGAUUUUCUAUCUUGCUUUGAAUUUGGUGGUUCAGGAGAUUUUAUUGGCAUAAAAAAAGACGUACCGGAAGAAAAGAAACACAACAUUUGUCAAUUGUUGUAUCAGGGCUGGUUGUAUUCAGAUGAUCCAAUUACAAAUUGGCAGAAUGUAGCUCUACACAGUUGCAUUCAGCCAGCUAUUCUAAUGCAAUUUGCACUUAUUUAUUGGUUGCAUAAAAAACCCGGGGCCCCACUGGAAGUUGAAUUGAAACGAUUCAAACAACUUCUUCACGCAAUUUGUUCUCUGAUGGAGGUAGAAGAAAUUUGUGUUGAAUAUAAUGAGAUAUCUUCGUGGUGGCAAGAAAUGCGAAAUAUAUUGUCAGACUCGACAAAUCCGUUCAAUGCACUGACAGCUGCGAUGGUUUGUAGAGCAGUGGCAAUGAAGCUUGAAAAAAGCAAAGAUACAGCAUACAACAGUGAACAGAAGGAUGGUAAUGGUAACAAGGAUGAAGAUGCAGAGAAUGGGAAUACUAGUGAAAAGAUGGAGGACUUAGAUGAAGAGCUUAAUAGAACCCCAGAAGAAGAGAAUUCCAGUUCAACAAGUGAUUGGGAAAAUGUAAGCAAAGAUACUUGCCAAUUUACAGCCCUUAUCAGCAAUCUCGAAGAUAUAGCUAUAUUAAAUGCUAUUGUCAGUCAAAAGCCACCAUCAGACCACACAACAGAAUUUUUCGGUCUGCCAUUUGAAAGUAUGAAUAUUUCUUUGGGCUAUGUUCUCUCCAGAGGCCAAGGUUCAGUAUCAGAAAUCGUUGCCAAGUGGCUUAGUUCAACGGGAAUUGAUCCAGCUCGUUUGAUAGACACAACAGAUGUGGAGUUUGAUCAAAUGCAAUUGUCAAUGGAUUCUUUAAAAAUAGCAGAAUCGUUAGAUGAAGCUGCAGCAAUGGAACUAUCGCAGCAAGACCAAAUGAAACUUCUCUCCGUUUCUGUAGAACUUGGUAGUGAAGCGCAAGCAGAUUCAACUGCACAAAGUUACAUUCUAGAAAAAUUAACUGUAUUGAAGAAAUCUUUCCCGUACAGUCUAACGACUAGUGUUCUGCUUGCUAAUCUUUGUUGGGAAUUUACUAUGACUUGGAAUAAGGAUGUCACGCAACUUGAUGCGCUUGAAGCAGCUUUAGCUGUUCUUAGACAAAUUCCUAUGAAGCACAUGCGACAAGGAGUUUGCUGCCUUCUUUGGACACUGCACAUGAAAAAAAGGAUGGAGGCGGCAGCAAAACUGAUGAACAAGUCGGGAAAGUUGCCAAAAGAAAGAUAUUGUUUACAGGACGUUGGUGUUUCUGAUAUGCAAUUAAUUACACUACUACAACUCUGUGUUAUGUUCUUGGAUAUAUUUCUAGACGCAGAAGUGAUGGAAAUUGAGAAUAGUUCGAUUAUAAAAUCAGAAGAAAUUUGGGAAAGUCAUCCCAUAGGUCCGCAACCCUUCGCAGCUCUAGCACUUUCUCAAACUCCUGCUUGGUAUGAACUGGUGAUGCUACAUCUGCAAUUGGCUAACGUCUUGCACAUGAUGGCUUACUUUAAUCUGAAAGUACAAAAGCCUUUGAACAUUCUUUUCGACUCUGUGUCGCAUCCAUAUUUUUUCCAAGACAUCACCAACAAAGCAUUGCUGACGUGGUUUCGAGAUGAAAAACGCGAUAGUGCAAGAACCGAGUUUCUUUGUCGUGUAAUCACUGCUACUAUGGACUCGAUUCAUCAAGAAACGACGGAAGAAAACAACUUUAGCUCUACGCAAGCUAUUACCUGGAUGAGCAAGUGUCAAACACUAGCUUCUAUAUGGAAAAUAAAUAACGAUGAGCUGAGAAUUCACCAAGUUUGUGAAUUAUAUAUUAACGGAUUUGACCGAUUAGCUGAAGAGAUCCUUACGGCGGUAAAUGACACGGAGGGACUUGCAGUUAAUUUGUUACCUAUAGCUGGAAGAAGAAUGAUGGCUUACCUAUCCAAAACGCCAGAUCUUCUGGAAGAAAUAUCAAGAAUAAGUCCUACGCUAACUACAUAUCUCGAGGGCUUGUGUAAUCCAAGCGCAGCAUAUACAAGUUGUUCAAAUAGCGAUACCAUAGAACUUAUUCAAAGGGUUUCAAGGACUUUACCUGAAACAUAUCCUAAUUAUCACAUCGCGCAACUGAUGCUUGAUGCUACGUUUAUUUACGAAGGUAAAACGUGAUGAGCCAGUCUUUACUUCUGUCAACAAAGUACUAAAACCACAGACGUGAA